AUGGAUCGGUUCCGGAUGAUCUUCCAAUACUUCCAGUCCAAUUCUGAGUCGGUGAUGAAUGGGAUCUGUGGGUUGCUAGCCCUGGCUAGCGUGAAGAUGUAUACCUCCUUUGACUUUAACUGCCCCUGCCUGCCCAAGUACAACAUGGCUUAUGGUUUGGGAAUCAUGUUUCUGCCCCCCAUGGCCCUCUUUCUCUGUGGUCUCAUUCUCAACAGACAGACUCUGGUGAUGCUGGAGGAAUGGAAAAGACCUACUGGGGGCAGAAAGAAGGAUCUAGCCAUCCUCAGGUACAUGUGCUCCUCCAUCAUGCAGCGAGCCAUGAUUGCUCCCGUCAUCUGGAUCAUCGUCACCCUCCUCGAUGGGAAAUGCUUCGUCUGUGCUUUCAGUGGCUCCAUCGACCCUGAAAAGUUUGUGGGGUUUGCCAACGUCACCCCUACCCAGAUGCAGCUUUUGCUCUCCAAAGUGCCCUGCAAAGAUGACGAGCUCAUGAAGAACAACCCUGCCCGGAAGGCGGUCUCCAGAUACCUGAAAUGCUGGUCACAAGCCCUUGGCUGGAGUGUUGUGUUGAUCCUUAUCAUGGCAGCCUUCCUUGCCCGGUCGCUCAGACCCUGCUUCAACCAGGCUGCCUUCCUGCAGACACGCUACUGGAGCAACUACAUUGACAUCGAGCAAAAGAUCUUCAACGAAACCUGCUGUGAGCACGCCCAGGACUUCGCCCACAAGUGCAUCCUCCACUUCUUUGAAAGCAUGCAGGAGGAAAUCAAACUGCGGCGUUUCAAUGCGCCCGGGGAGGAAGCCGCGGGGGGAGAAGGGGAAGAAGAUCACCUGCGGGGAAUCACAGACCAGGAGCAGAUGAACGAGCUCCUGAAAUCAUGGCACUACAGCAAGCCCCCCCUGGAUGUGAGCCAGGCAACCCAGCGGCAGCAGUCUGUGGGCAGGGAGAGACCGUCCGUGCCCUGGGCAGAUAGCUUGAGUAACAGGGGGAAUGCACCGCAAAAGGCCAAAACCUCCAGACAAACCGAGGUUUAA